AUGGUAUGUCCCCAUAAUCCUUUGCGCGUCACAAUAGUUGCCAGUCAUUCUGCCGACGAGACGAAUACAGUAUGAAAGAGACAACAGCCAAGAGACGCGAGAAAUCCAAGGACUCCAAAGCUGAUAAACAGAAGGAUGCGGGCCCCGAGCCGCAGGAUGUGGAGAUGCCGGAGGAAGACUCGGCUACUGCAGAAAAGAAACCCAAGGAACUUGAUACCCUCACACUUGAAGACAUCAAGGAGCAUGUAAAGCAGAUAGAGAAGGCUGUGUCGGGCAAGGAGCCUCGCUUUGUGCUGAGGGCCUUGCGUGCCCUGCCCUCCACCAGCCGCCGCCUCAACCCCAACGUGCUGCACAAGGCUGUGUCUGGCUUCUACACCUCCAAUGCCGCCGGCAAGGAGUUCCUACUCAGCUUCCUGGAGGAGCCCAUGGACACCGAGGGAGAUGUCCAGUUCAGGCCCCGUACAGGGAAGGCAGCUGCCACCCCCCUGAUCCCUGAGGCGGAGGCCUACCUGCAGCUGCUCCUGGUGGUUUACCUCACGAACAACAAACGCUACACAGAGGCCCAGAAGGUGUCAGACGAGCUCUUGCAGAAGAUCGGCCCUCAGAACCGGCGGGCUCUGGACCUGGUGGCUGCUAAGUGUUACUACUACCACUCCCGCGUCUACGAGUUCCUCAACCAGCUGGACACCGUGCGUAGUUUCCUGCACACGCGCCUGAGGACAGCCACCUUGCGGCACGACGCCGACGGCCAGGCCACGCUGCUCAACCUGCUGCUGAGGAACUACCUGCAGUACAACCUGUACGACCAGGCUGAGAAGCUGGUGUCCAAGUCAGUCUUCCCCGAGCUGGCCAACAACAACGAGUGGGCCCGCUACCUCUACUAUACAGGUCGUAUCAAGGCUAUCCAGCUGGAGUACACAGAGGCCAGGAGGACCCUGACCAACGCCUUGAGGAAGGCCCCCCAACACACAGCUGUGGGCUUCAAACAGACAGUCCACAAGUUGCUGAUUGUGGUGGAGCUGUUGCUUGGGGAGAUCCCAGACAGGCUGCAGUUCCGCCAGGCUCCACUGAAGAGAUCCCUAGCACCCUAUUUCCUGCUCACCCAGGCUGUCAGGACGGGUAACCUGGCCAAGUUCAACCAGGCCCUGGAUCAGUUUGGAGAGAAGUUCCAGGCAGACGGCACCUACACCUUGAUCAUCCGCCUGCGACACAAUGUCAUCAAGACAGGUGUGCGUAUGAUCAGCCUGUCAUACUCUCGUAUAUCCCUGGCAGACAUCGCUCAGAAGCUGCAGCUGGACAGUCCAGAGGAUGCUGAGUUCAUAGUGGCCAAGGCUAUCCGUGAUGGAGUGAUCGAAGCCAGCAUCAACCAUGAGAAAGGCUAUGUUCAGUCUAAAGAGACCAUGGAUAUCUACGGUACCAGGGAGCCCCAGCUGGCCUUCCACCAGAGGAUCUCCUUCUGCCUGGACAUACACAAUAUGUCUGUCAAGGCCAUGAGGUUUCCACCCAAGGCUUACAACAAGGACCUAGAAUCAGCAGAGGAGCGCAGAGAGCGGGAGCAGCAGGACCUGGAGUUCGCCAAGGAGAUGGCCGAAGAUGACGACGACAGUUUCCCAUGAUCCUCUGAGGGGAGCAAGUGCAAGGAUGCCUUGACGUUUUUUCCCUUUCUCUCCCCCUCCAUCCUCCCUAUUGUAAAAGUUGUUUUUGUUUAUAUCUCUGCAGGCAAAAGGCCAUUAUAACGUUAUAUAUCUGUGUUAGCAUUCUAACAUACAAUAAGAACACCUCUAUUCAACCCUACCACUGGUCCUCGUUGUCCCUGCUUUUAGACUUUGCGUGUGACUGUUAACUUGCUGGUGGAAGCAUUUGGUGUAUCUGUACUGAGUUUGAGGCCAGCACACAAAUAAACAGUCUUUGUCAUUUUAAAUUCUAA